AUGAAGAUAGAAAACAAAACAAGCGAAGCGUUACGUGGAAUGGAAAAGAACUUCGAAGUCAAGGAGGAAGGAACAUAUUAUUUCAUGAACCGAAUUUGGGUCCCUAAACUUGGGGGAUUCAGAGAGGUAGUCAUGAAUGAGGCUCAUAAGACACGAUACUCCAUCCAUCCGGGUUCAGAUAAGAUGUACCUGGAUAUCAAGCAAUAUUAUUGGUGGCCUAACAUAAAGGCAGAAAUUGCCACUUACGUUAGCAAGUUCCUCACUUGUGCUAAAGUGAAGGUAGAGUAUCAAAAGCCCUCGGGACUAUUACAACAGCCAGUAAUACCCGAGUGCAAAUGGGAAUGGAUUACCAUGGACUUUGUGACCAAAUUACCCAAGACAACUGAUGGAAUGGAUGCCAUGUGGGUAAUAGUUGAUAGGUUCACUUCACACUUUUGGCAAACACUUCAAAAGGCUAUGGGAACACAACUCGACAUGAGCACUGCUUACCACCCACAAACGGAUGGUCAAAGUGAGCGAACCAUUCAAACGCUUGAGGAUAUGCGUCGAGCAUGUGUUAUAGACUUCGGAAGAUCACCGUUGUGUUGGGCUGAGGUAGGUGACACUCAGCUAGAAAGAGGACAGACACCAAACGAUGCAUUAACAGGACCGGAAAUCAUACGUGAGACGAUAGAGAAGAUAGUUCAAAUCAGAGCUCGACUUCAAGCAUCACGAGACCGACAGAAGAGCUAUGCUGAUAAAAGGCGAAAGCACGUGGAAUUUCAAGUCGGGGAUCGGGUGUUACUAAAGAUCUCUCCCUGGAAAAGGGUGAUUCGUUUCGGAAAACGGGGAAAACUAAACCCAAGGUACAUUGGGCCAUUCGAGAUUCUUGCCCGAAUCGGUCCAGUGGCCUAUAGGCUGCAGCUACCUGGUGAGCUCAGCAGCGUACACCCCGUGUUCCAUGUUUCCAAUUUGAAGAAGUGCUUAUCCGACGAAACUCUUGUCAUCCCACUCGAACAAAAUCGAAAUCAACGAGAAUCUCCUGUUCAUCGAGGAACCAGUUGA